GGGUUUCCUCUCGCCCGGCCGCCUCAGCCGCCUGAGAAGCCGCCGCCUGGGGGACUCCGCUCCCCGCCCUCCCCCUUCCCUCGCGGGAUCGGGGUCUCCUGCGCGAGGAGGCAGGGGGGGCUGUCACGUCGCGUCAUGAUGUUGGGGUCGCCGGGGCAACAGCCUGGGGGGGCGGGGUCUGGGGCGGCGGCGGCGGCCGGGUCUGCAGCCACUUGUGCCGGCGGGGCUGGGGGCGUCCCGAGCUUCCCGUGCGGCGGCGGGGGCGGCGUGUCGGAGCGGUUCCUGGCGCGCUACGUGCAGGACUACCUGGAGUGCGUCGAGUCCCUGCCGCUGGACAUGCAGAGGAUGGCCUCGCUCCUGCGCGAAAUGGACACGCGAUGCCGGGCAUUGAAAGAAAUUGAUGAAGUUUAUGAGAAAUACAAGAGCGAAGAUGAUCCUGUCCAGAAAAAGCGUUUGCAGCAGCAUCUUCAGCGAGCCUUAAUCAACAGCCAAGAGCUAGGAGAUGAGAAAAUCCAAAUAGUUACUCAGAUGCUUGAGUUAGUAGAGAACAGAGCCAGGCAAAUAGACUCUCAUUCUCAGUGUUUUCAAGAUCAUUCAGAUACGGAAAAACCCAUUGAAAAGUCAAAAGUGGAUCCUUGUCAACCAGAGAGAUCUUCGCGAAGGCCCCGCCGACAGCGUACCAGUGAAAGUCGUGAUAUAUGUCAUAUAGCAAAUGGAAUUGAUGAGUAUGAUGACCAGCCUCCUAAGGAAAAGAGAUCCAAAUCUGCCAAGAAAAAGAAACGCUCUAAAGCUAAACAAGAAAGGGAAGCUUCUCCAGUAGACUUUGCAGUAGACCCUAAUGAACCAACUUACUGUCUCUGUGACCAAGUAUCUUAUGGAGAAAUGAUAGGAUGUGACAAUGAACAGUGUCCUAAUGAGUGGUUUCACUUUUCAUGUGUUGGGCUCACCUAUAAACCAAAGGGGAAGUGGUAUUGCCCCAAAUGCAGAGGAGACAACGAGAAGACUAUGGAUAAAUGUACAGACAAAUCCAAAAAAGAUAGAAGAUCAAGGUAGUCGAUGCUCCAAAUGUGUUGACAGUUGCUUGGUUUUUAUUACAAAAAACUGUUUAAUAAGCAGACCAGUAUUUUAGAAAAAUGCAUAAAGCUAUGCAAUAACUUUUAAAAUCCACAGUACUAAUGGAGUAUUAAUAGAUGUUAGUACUAUUGUGCUCUUGAAUAUUCUGCACUAAAUAACCAAAUUCUUCGAACAGGGUCACAUAGGAGUAGCACAGAGGGAAUUCAGUUUCCCUCAGUCUUCUUAAUAAUGGUAUAAUUAUGUUGAUGCCUGAUGAGGAAGAACUGGAGGGAUAAUCAUGUUAAGACUGGUGUGUUAACAUCUGUUGCAGUCACAACUUUAGUUACUUUUUAAGCCUUUCAAGGCAAAAGCCAGCCUGCUUCUUUAUUGCCUUCCAUGUGAUCUGCAUAUAUGUCUCUAAUUUAUUUAUGUUAAUCUUGUGGUGGUGAGUUUAGAUGUCUAUGUUUAGAGAAAGUAUAUUAAGUGGUGAAAUACUCAUGGCUAGAAGAGUUCCACUCAGCAUUAUAAUGCCAGUUCUGAACUGACACCGAUUGCCUUUUCCAUGCUGCCUCUUUUCAUAAUAUCAGUUGUAUCAUCUUGCUUCUGAAUCAUGCAGUGCCCAGGAGCACAUCAUAAUAUUGAAAUGCUUAGAAAUACUGUAGUUGUGUAGGAACAGCAAUGUGUAUCAGUCUUUGACUGGGCAAAAGUUUGGAUUUAAGAGUCUGGAAAACAGCAAAGUGCAGUAAGUAUCAGAAAACACCUAUCUUGUAUAAAAGGAAAACUGAUUGUUUAAAAGAUCCUAGACUUUUCAAAAUUGUAGUAAGCUUCAUAUAACCUGACAAAUUAAUGACCUUUGGAACACAGCAGCUGAUGAUGCUCCAAGACCAGGCAUUUUUAACUUAACACUGUAUUGGACUAGUUGUGAUCUAGCUGUCUGAACAUAACACUGAGUAGGUUUUUCCAGACAGUAAGUAUUGCUUUCUUCCUGGCAGGUCAGAGGGUUCCGCUUGCAUUUCAUGAAGGAUGUUACUGUGCCGUUGCAAGACAAUAACAAUGUAAAAUAAAUGGAUAAAACAGCCCAAGAACAAUUUUCCAUAUUCUUUGAAUUCUUGCUUUUACAACAGCAAUAUAAUGUUCCUUUGGUGACUGAUACUUUAUUACAUCAGCUCAUGUUUUACUGAGCUAUUAGAAGUUCUGAGUACUCAAACAAAAAAUGAUUGCAUCCUGUGACUCAGAUGGACAGCUUCAUUUUGUAAAGGCAAGAAGCAGUAUCUUUGGGAACUUAGAUAUAAUCCAAAUUAACUGCUGCUUUUGUUACACGUCAGUAAUUUGCGGACUCAUUACCUAUAUGUACCAUAAAGGCAUAAGAAGCUUAUUUCAUCUCGGCAUACCCUGAAAUUGCAUUUCACAAAUUUCAUGUGAACUGGCAGAUGGUGAACUGUUUCCCAUCAUAUAGCAGUAGUCUCCUUCCAUAAAUGUAUUCUCUCGUUCAGAGGCUUAAUGCAGAUUCAUAAUGUAGCUGUAAUUUUGUUAUUUUGAUGUAAUUUCCCUGUCUUGAAGAAAAUCAUGCAGUGGCCAGGAAAACAGUCUAAACUACUUUUAUACUGUUGCAAUUUGCUGCUGUUUCCUUCCCCGUCCCCAGAACAUAUAUAAUUGGUUGGUCCAAGCUGAAUGAAAUUUUUUUCAAAGGCUUUUAAUUUAAUGGCUAAUGUACACCACCACAGUCCAACAGCUUCCAAUGAUUACAAAACAAACUUAGUUAUUCUAGAAUGCUGUUAUUUACGAGUUCUGAUUGUUUCUAGGAACAGAAAUUCUGCAAACAAUUAAUAUUGUGCAUCAGAUAUUUGCACAACUUCUAAACUGGGAAUGCCCUGGUUUCUUUUUGCAAUUCAUUGUGGCUCCUUUUGAUGGAUACCUAGUCCUUAGUCCUACCUUAGCAAAAAGGUAAUUUUUCCUGUUUUUAAGAAAUGGCAUCAUUGCUAUAAAGUACUACUUUUGAUUUUAUUUUAUUUUUUAAAUUUGCUUGUUGUGGUUUGACAAUCUCUCAGUUCUAAAAUUUGUAAUCCUGGGCACAUACAAAUGGGAACUGUGCUACUGAAGUGUACCGAUUACUUGGAUCUAAUAUUUCGCAUGCUAUGGUUUAUGAAUAAAAAAACCUUUUGGUU